CGAUGUGUUCGGCAUUCCACUAUCCGUUCGUCACUAUCGACAGGAAAAGCAGUUCAAACGUAUGGGGUGCUCUGCACGCCUUGGCCACUCCGCUUGAGACCAAGGACAGCGACGCUACACUCGUGUGUAUUUGGUGGGCUCAAAAACUAGCCUGUAAUCCCUGCGCUGCGCCCAUGGCGCGGGAGCGCGCGUCAUCGCUUCCGUCACAGCCCAAACGCCUAGGAUCUCAUGUACACACUCCACCCUAAUAUCCCGUUCGGCCAAGCAGAUGCAUCGAAGCGAUUAAAGAAGACAGCCACCAGCCUUAACGAUGUCACUAUCGAGGCGAGGAUGCGAGAAAGUCCGCUCCCAAAGUGAGCGAAGGUCGGCCAAAGAGCACCGCGGUACCCUCCAGAAGAUGUGGGAGCCGACGCAGCAGGGGAUCGACGAGUAUAUGCCCACUGGCUAGUCUCAGCUGGACUACCGCUCAACAAGAUAGCGACAGAAGACUUAGCCCUGCUCAUUCAGCGGCUCAUGCCCUGUCUGUUCCGACAUUUCGGGAUUUGUUGGAUAAUAUAUUUGACGAAUUCUGCCAAUGA